ACUUUCCCUCCCCUUCUUUCAUUCACGGCAGGCGAGAGGGAGGAGUCACUAUAAGUAGCGGCGGGAGCGGUUGUAAGAGAGCGCAACGCGAGGUCGCCCGCUGUGAGCCUUUUUUUUUUUUUCACCCCGGCGCUGCCAUCCUCGCGGCAGGUCCCGCUUCGCUUCCCAACUCCGGGUCUUCUUCAGCGUCCCUUUUUUUUUCUUUUUCUUUCCCCUCUCUUCCUAUCUAAACCGGCUGUAGUAGAAAUAUCCCCGGCAGACGAGCUAGGUUCAGUUGAAAAGAUGUCUUGCCAGAAAGUUAUCCAUUUUGGGCAGCAGUUGUUUCGUCGGAAAGUGGUAGACUGUACAAGCAACGACAGCCGGUUCUCGCGGUGCCUCAACACAUUUGACUUGGUUGCCCUUGGAGUAGGCAGCACUCUUGGGGCAGGGGUUUAUGUUCUGGCUGGAGCAGUGGCACAAGAAAAUGCAGGACCUGCCAUUGUCAUUUCCUUUCUGAUUGCAGCUCUGGCUUCUGUGUUGGCUGGACUUUGCUAUGGAGAAUUUGGUGCUAGAGUUCCAAAGACUGGAUCAGCGUAUCUCUAUAGUUAUGUGACUGUCGGUGAGCUGUGGGCAUUUAUUACUGGAUGGAACCUGAUUCUUUCUUAUGUCAUUGGAACAUCAAGUGUAGCCAGGGCUUGGAGUGCAACAUUUGAUGAGCUUAUAGGCGAGCACAUUGAGAAAUUCUUUGGUCGCUACAUGUCUAUGAAUGUUCCUGGUGUGCUAGCAAAAUACCCAGAUGUCUUUUCUGUUUUCAUUAUCCUAAUCUUAACAGGGCUUCUGACUUUUGGUGUGAAAGAAUCUGCAAUGGUGAACAAAGUGUUCACUUGUAUCAACGUCCUUGUCUUGGGCUUUGUGAUGGUGUCAGGUUUCGUGAAAGGCUCAAUAAAAAACUGGCAGAUCCCAGAAAAUAUUUCACUUCCAGAGAAUUCCACACAGGAUCUGCCGCAUGGUGUUGGUGGCUUUAUGCCAUAUGGUUUUUCUGGAGUUCUUUCAGGGGCAGCUACGUGCUUUUAUGCAUUUGUGGGAUUCGACUGUAUUGCCACCACAGGUGAAGAAGUAAAAAAUCCCCAGAAAGCUAUUCCAAUAGGCAUAGUGGCCUCACUUCUGAUCUGCUUUGUUGCAUAUUUUGGGGUGUCGGCUGCUCUUACUCUCAUGAUGCCUUACUAUCUGCUCGAUAAAAAUAGCCCACUGCCAGUUGCUUUUAAGUAUGUGAAAUGGGACGGAGCAAACUAUGCGGUUGCCGUUGGGUCCCUAUGUGCUCUCUCUACAAGCCUGCUUGGAUCCAUGUUUCCAAUGCCUCGGGUUAUUUAUGCGAUGGCAGAAGAUGGAUUACUAUUCAGAUUUUUGUCUCGUAUCAAUGAGCGGACAAAAACCCCAAUGUUAGCUACAAUAACCUCAGGAGCUGUUGCAGCUGUCAUGGCCUUUCUCUUAGACCUCAAGGAUCUUGUAGACCUGAUGUCUAUUGGGACACUUCUAGCUUACUCCUUGGUGGCUGCCUGUGUCUUGGUACUAAGAUACCAACCUGAGCAACCUAACUUGGCGUAUCAAAUGGCUAGUACUACAGAGGAGACAGACACAAAUGAGUCUGUAAGCACAAGUGAAUCUCAAACUGCUUUUCUGCCGGAAGAGGGAGAGAAAUUAUCCUUAAAAGUUAUCCUCCUCCCCCAAAAUACAGUCCCUUCCAAACUUUCAGGGUUUAUAGUGAAUGUCUCUACUUGUGUCAUAGGUUUUCUUAUUGUCAGCUUCUGUAGCUUGGCUGUCCUCGCCAAGGAGGUUCUGAUCAGUGGAGCACCGUGGGCCAUCAGCAUGCUUGUUGUCAUCUUCCUCAUCUGCUUUGUUUUCAUGGUCAUCAUUUGGAGGCAACCUGAAAGCAAAACCAAACUCUCAUUUAAGGUCCCCUUUCUCCCUGUCCUGCCAAUCCUGAGCAUCUUUGUCAAUGUUUAUCUCAUGAUGCAGCUGGAUUGCGGCACCUGGAUAAGAUUUGCCAUCUGGAUGGUCAUAGGCCUGGUGAUAUAUUUUGGCUACGGCAUAUGGCACAGCGUAGAGGCAUCUUAUUCAGCAUCAACAGAUCAAGAAAGAAGUAUGGAUAACAAUAUGGAUACUUGUAAAUGACAGCCUUCUUGCUCAGGAGGUUAUUGAGAUCACUACUACUACACAGCCGGAUACUUUUCUCUCCCAAAUUCUGAAUAUUUUUUUUUUUUUUGGUAGAAUAUCAGGCAGGCUCUCAUGUCCCCUUUUAACAUGAGGAUGCAGCUGGGAGAGAUCACAAGGAAAAAAAUACUUAGCCUCUGAUGUACUCCCAACAACACUGUUACUUCUUGACAACAGCUAUUUCUCUUCUUGACUCUUCGAAUAGAAAUUGCCUUUCAGGGUGCCAGUUUACUUCCAAUGUUACUGUGAGAAUAAGAUUCUCUAGCUUGCGAAUUAAUUCCUGGCUACUGGAAUGGAGCACACUGUAUACUGUUUCUCCAAAAUCACCUAUAUUGCAGCACCAGAACUAAACUAAAGCAAACCCAAACCAAACCAUACAUACACUCUCAUUACAUGUUUAUAAACUGUACCCACUUCCCAAGACUGGAAUGAAAAAAAAAGGAGUGGUGCUAUUUAAGCAUUGUGCUUUACAUAUUUAAAGAGGAGUGAUGCCUGAGUUUUAGCAUCCAAUGUUACAACAAUCUCCUUUAGCAAAGGUGGACAAACCAGGCUUCCUGCAGCCCUCGGAGGCUUCUGUGCAACCUGCUAGCUGAAUUCCUCUCCUGUGCUUCAAACAGCUGUGUAGAUAUGAAGCAGAGUCUGUUGCUUAUGAUAGAACUGCUGUGUAGAAAGUAUGACUUUCAGCUUUGCAGAUUUGCCAAAUCAAGGGCAAUUGCUUGCUUGGGAUGCUGUUCACAUUUCAGCUCAGACAGUCCUGGUCAAAGGCAGCCUUGCCCAUGCUUGUAUUUCAACACAAUAUUGUGCAGUAACUCAUUGAUACGCCCUGUGGCUGAGAAAAGGCAACAGUUUCCUGUAAUAAAGAUGGAAUUAAUAAAGGAAAAUAUUUGUAGCUCAGGGUUGACACGAGGGGUCCUUGGUAGUCUUUGACCUUGCUUGUUUUCUUUCAUUACCCAAACUAGGUAACAUUACUAAUGCUAAUCUAGUCUAUGUUACUUACUUUGGGCAAUGAAACUUCCUCAAGGAAACAAGCUCAGAGAGCACCAAGGACCCCUCUAAGAUGAAAUUGAACACAGGGUUCUUGGGUCAAACUCCAGCAUGGUCUUUACUGUUAUGUUUGAAAUAAUAUAUUUAAAGUUAAUAUUUUAUUGAAGGAGGGUUGUGACAAAUGCAGCUUUUCUGGUACAGAGUAGGAGCCACCCUUAUAUUUUGCCUGGAGAAUAUUUGGGACUAUAGAAUAUAAGUUUCUCCUCUUAUCCUGUUAGCGCUGAUGUUUCCAAGUAGGCCACCGGGUUUAAAAUUCAAAUUUGGAUUAUUUCAUCUGUUAGGCAUGGAUGGGACAGGGGAGACCAUAAAAGUAUCUAUCAAAGGGAGAAUCACCUUCUUCUAAAAAUGUGGUUUUUCCAAAGCGAGGGUAAAAGUCUAUACACCCAUCAAAUAAUAUUGAUGCUUACUGUUUUGAUAUUCUAGUAAAUAGUGUAGAUUGUUGUACUUUUUUCUUUUACACUGUUAAUCUCAGAGGCUUGAAUUUAUUAUUACUUGUUCGUGGUAUUUAUGUCUAGCUCCUUGAUGUGUUGUAUUUGAGCAAGCUAUAUGGAAAAGAAUAGCACUUAGAAGAAAGGGAAAUCAUUUUGCUUCUUUUUGUGUGAGGAAAUUUAGAAGGAGGGUUAUUUAUUUAUGGCACUCCCUAUGUUUUGUCCAAGUUGUAUCCUAGUGAUAAAGUUAUUAGAUAUGAUUUUUGACUCAAGUUUCAUCACCUUGGUGAUUUCUGAGAAUUUUAGUGGUGACAUCUACCUGUCCAGAAGGUUAGACAGCUUCUGCAGACAGUGUUUACCCAGAUGGACCAAUAACUUGAUACAAAGCAGUUUAUUGUAUUUGAUACUUCCGCAACUUCCUUUUGCCAUCACAAAAGUCUGUGAAGGCUACAAUUAUAAUGAUGAGGGUGUUCAUUUUAAAGGGCUUCAGCGUUGAUCAGUUGAGAAAUGCACAACUUAGUUUGAAUCAACUAGACCUUCCCUAAGUAAACUGGCCAAGCUGCUCAAGGUGAUUUGGGAAGCUCUCAGGGCUGGCUAGAAAAUGUUCCUUUCAUAUGAAAAUGUAUAUGUGACUUGAAAAUAUCUAAAACUUUGUUUUUGGGUUUUUCUGGAUGGAAUCCCACCAGGUCACAUGAAUCCUUGUUUUAGAGUCUGUGAGGAGUGAGAUGGAGCUUGCUUUGAACUCUUUAUUCUUUGUUGAAUCAACCUUUGUGGAUUGUUUCAUUCAUGACAAAAGUCCUUUGCAUAAAUCUCUUCUGUAUGGUCACAUUUCAUAUCAUCCAUGCUAAUUUUAAUCUUUUACUUAUUAUUAAAAUACACCCUAUUACAUGGACGUCCAGCUUUUUGGCUUGCCAGGGCCGCAUCGAGUGAAGAUGAUUUGCCUUGGGCUGCAUAUAAAAUAUAUAACAUAGUUAGAAUAUACAAAUCCCAUAAUAAUGUUAAAAGUUUAGGAUCUUGUGGGGUCACAUUGCUAGCUGCCCAGGGCCACAUACAGGCUGCCGGCCCAGGUUGAACAUGCCUGCCCUAAUACAUCAUUGUCUUUGAAAAUGGCCUAGAAGGAUGCUGUCAGAUUUUCUAUAAAAGACAAAUUACUCAGUCAUUAAAAUUCAAUUUGAGAAGGGUCCCUAGAUAAUUUUUGGAACUGACUUAUUUCCCCUGCACUUUUGUUCUUCUUAAGUAGAUAAAUCCAUACUGUGUGUGUGGGCAGUUGAUGAAACUGAAAGCAGCCCGAAGAAUGUGAUUUUCAAUUUGGCAAUUGCAUUUCCAAAGGACAGUAAAUCCAUACAUUAUGAUUUAGUAUGGUUGAAUUGCAGUGUUUAGUCCAAUUCAUUUUUAAACUUAUAGGUAGACCUUGACUUAAUGACCACAAUUGGGACUUAAAUGUGAUCAUUUAAAAAGUCAGCAUGUGACCAGAUCUGAUUUUAUAACCAUUUUUACCUGGUUAUUAAAUGAGUUAUGCAGUUAUUAAGCAAAUUUGUCUUCUGUUGAUUUCAUUUUGUCGGAAGCUGGUUGGGAAGGUUGAAAAUUGUGAUCAUGUGACCACAGAAUGCUGCAACUGUCUUCAGUCGUGAUCACAUGACUGGGCAACAGUUGUAACUUCAAGGACAAGUCAUAAAUUACCUUUUUCAGUGCCAUGAAUUUGAACAGUCAUUAAAUGAAUGGUUGCAAGUUAAGGGCUACCUGUACUAGGGAAAAUAGUAUUAGAAAAAGCCUUAAACACUGGGCAUCGUGUUUGGUUCUGUAUGGUAGAUACAUGCAUGCAGUAAAAAGAUGUUCCUUUUCAGAUGUGGCAUUUAAGGAAAUGAUUUUGGAAGGAAAUCCUGUCACAUGCAAAGGAACCUUUAAAAAAGUUUUUCACACACACAUCACUAGUGGAAAAGAUCACAGAUUAACAAUCAUAGUUCUCAAGUCUCAUCUUCAACUGUCAUAAUUUUGGAAGCUGAAGUCCACUACAUCCAAAUGACAUCAGGCUGAGAGACGUUGUUCUAAGUAAGGUUGAUACCAUAUCCAAGACUUGAAUGGGUUUUGCUUUUCCUCUCACUUGAGAUUCAACAACAGGAGAUGUUAGGCCUGGGAAAAAGUUUUCUUGGAGAAAGACUUGCCGAGAACUUCUUGUGGGAUAUUCUCAUUAUGACUAGCUGCUUUUUUCUCCAUGGAGAUGUUUAUAGUUCCUGGUGGUAUUCAGAGACUAAGGCAGGGAGCAGGGAGCAACUCUGGACCAGUAAAUAUAAAACCCCCAAACAGGGAGCCCUUUGGCUUCUAGUAUUGAAACCUCAAUGGAGAAACAUGCAAAAGAUUGAGGUCUAAUGGUGAAAACCUAAAAGCUACUGCUGUAAGUUUGCUAGAGUGAAGAAUAAGACUACCAUUUAUUUGAGCUCAUCUUUGUAAUUAUAUGAAUAACUAUUAUUAUUUUAAUAUUAGGAUUGUUUUGUAUAGCUGCUGGACACUUUGUAUAAAAUCCUAUUCUAUAGUGUUUCUCAAAACACGGCUUCCUCAAAGAAAAUGUGCAGUUUUUCUUAGUAAAGGAAGGGUUUAUCAAUAAUUGUGGUUUUGAAUCUAAAGAAGUCGCUAGUACUUUCAGGAAUUGCUUACUUUAAAAUCUUACUAAGUUUUUAUUAGCCUAAAGCCAAAUUUGCAAACUCGGUGUGUGCAGAAGUUUUUUUAAAAAAUUUUUGUAAGUCAGGUUUAUGCAAAUUAAUCCCCAAAUUAAUUCCAGUUACAACUCCAGCUUUUCAAGAGCAACACAUUUCUUGCUCCUGAGUUCCUUCCAAGACCAAUGGCAAUUAUCAGUAAUCUGGUAGUACCCUUUUCAAUUAACACAUUUUGUUACAAGGUAGAAGCUUUCAAACGUGUUAGAAAAAGUGCUGCCAGACCUUUUUUUUUUUUCUUUUGCUGCUAUAGACUCACGUGGCUAUUCUCAUACAAUGCCAUUUAUAUAAAUACUCUGUUUUUGUGCAUUUGAAAGCCUUGUAUUGUGAACUAAAAUGCAAUCUAUUUUGUUAAUAUUUUCAAUUGUUAAAAUGUUAAAAUUGUCUUCAAAAUAUUUUAUUUAAAUGUUUAUAUUUUGUACAUUUUUCUGCCCUUUAUGUUUGAUUGCCGCUUUUUCAUCUCCAUAUCUACUUUUACUCAGUGUGUUGAUAAAUGAGAGAUGUCUCACCAGUGUUCAGCAAGCAGUAAAAAAUUUAACCUAGUCAGUAAAAACUUGCAACAACAAUUUUCAGGUUUCUAUUUUGAUGUUCAUCAAUUCUGUUAAUCCUCAUCUAUUUAAUGGAAUCAUGCUACAAACACUGGAUCAUAGAAUAUUCUCAUAAAAGGUGAGGAUUUUUAAUUCCUUUUCUUUAAGCCAUUUUUAAAAAAAGAAAUACUUUAUUAAAUAUGUUUUUAUUGGUUAGUGAAUAGAUAGUUAUCAACAGGAGGAAGCCAACUGCAAGUGGCUUACCUUAAAUGUAGAAUCAAUAUACUUUCAAGGGUGAUUAAGUAGAAGGCAUAUUCACACAUAAGCAUUAACAGAAUCUGUAUUAUCACUCACUUCAGUAGGACCAGUUUCCAUAUUACCUUCAUUGUUUUAACUGUACUGCAGGCUGGUUGAACAUCCCUUAUAUGCCACAGCUUGAAUGCAUAUGUGAAACUUUGUAAACCCAUUAUUUUAUUGGGAGUAGAGGAGAGAAAAGAUUAUGUGUCUGACUUCCCUGUUAAACAGCUCAUCAUCACUUUUUGUCACUUUCUGAUCCUUCACAUGUAUCUGCUCGCAUACAUAUACAGAGCCUGUACAGUGUGAACAAGUGGUUGUGGAAGGAACUGUUUGUUCUCUGUGUCCACAUGUACUAGAUUUCUAAUAAGGGAUGUGUGUAUUAAAGCCUGCUUUCCUGGAUGAAUGCCAUAUUUGGCAAGGUGAAAGUGCUUUGUAUAUAUGAUGAUGCUGUCUCAUUUAAUUGCUGAUUGCAAUCUUGUUGCCUUUCAGUGUGUAUCUCUUAUUUUACUAUGUGGUGUAUUUACAGGGUAACAAAAUGAAACAAUCUUAUUUAAGUUGUACAAAAGGAGUUUUCAACCUAUGUGACGGACCUCUUCUGCAUUUACCAAAAUUCAAACGUGUUGUACAGAUGCUACGUUUGGGUUCUAAAUUUGAAUUCUAAGUUUGAAUUCUAAAUUCAUGCAUGUAGCUUGGAUUGUUGUAGAGUUAAAUAUGCAUGUGGUAGAGGAUUUUUUUUUUCCAGAGAGGAAGGGACCAUAGUAAAGUUCCAUUGAUGUUUAUCUUCACUGUAAUUAGAACUUUUUAGUUGGUUGACACUAAAAACACCCUCUUAAGAAAGAAUGUUGAAUGCACUAUGGAAAUCAGUAAGCUUUGCUUCUGAGAAAUUGUACAUAGGAUAGUGCUGCACAUUUAAAUUUUGUAUACUACUGAAAUUAUAUCAUUGGUGCCUUCUUGUGAUACCGAAGGAAGUGUGAGAGCUUUAGAAAAACUUAACAUGGAAAUAUAAUGAGUAGGCUUCCCCCCUCCUCCCCCCAACCUCUUAUUGCAGUGUUCCACAGUCUGCUGCCCAUUAUAUAUAUUGGACUACAUAAUACGGCCUGUGGGCGCCAGGUUGAGGAAGAUGUUUUAACUCUGAUAAUAAAUUCAUGGUAGAUAGUUCCUCGUUGCAAAAAUGGUUAACAUUUGGUAAUACAUUUGUGCAAGGCGUUUGUGGGAGGUGAUUUGCCGACAACCUUUCUUUAAAGUAUUAACACAGCCAUAGCCUCCAUAAGGUUUGUGUGAGUGUUUUGAAGGCUCAUCUGCAUUCAUGUGUAGAGAUGACACAGAGGAACCAUCUGAAAGCUGUGAAUUUAUAUCCAUGUGCAGAUAACCAGCUGGUAGCCUUGAAGAGGGCUCUGUCUCUCUCUCUCUCCCCACACCCCCAGUAGUAAUGUACUUUGUAAAUUACCUCUUCCAAAUGUUUCACACAAUUCUGAUUGUUACAGAGACUCACGAUAAGGAAUAAUUACAUCCUGAAAGCUCAUUUCUGAAGCAGAGGCCAAACCUUAUGAAAACCGUGCCUGUUUUUUUUUUUUUUUUCUAAAUUCAAACCUAGAAAUCCUCAGGGUAUAUUUUCUCAUUCUUCUUGGCGCAUAUCCUAAAAAAAAAAAAUCCUGUCAACUUUAUUAAGUUUCUAGAUGGUGAGGGAUCUUAACCAGAUCACACUUACGCUUUGUUUUGCAAAUGCUGGAAGGGUGGUGAGUGAUAAAAUGACUGGGUUCCUCUCUUUCUGUUGUGCCUUUCAAUGUACCUCUGCUCCCAGGGGUACAAAGAAUCAGUGUGGCACUCUUUGGAGUUGUAUGUUACAAUCGGUCGGAGAAUAUGGUGGUUUCUUUGGGAAUACCCACCUUUUGAUAACCAAGAAGCCAUGAAAUAAUUUGUCCAUAUUUUUACUGAGUAAAAUGUAUAUAAGUUUUUCUUCUAUUUUUCUAAUGAUUUCCUCAGAAUAUAUAAUGGGUUCAAGAUAUAGUUACUUAAACCUUGAUCCUGUCAGAUGCUUCUGCCUCUUCACUGGAGCUUCUGGGUUUGUUCGGAUUUUGGCUUCUCCCUUCAAAUACAAAGCUUUGUUUUUUAUUUUAUAUGUGAAACUUCAUUUUAGAGCAAGGCCUCUGCUUCAAUAACAAACCUCUGUUGAGGAAUGCUGUAAAUGUCUCCCUUUGGAGAGUGAGGUGUUUUUUUU